AUGGCUAUAAAGAGCAAUUCCCCAAGCCAUGAUAUUUACAAAACUCAUGCUAUUCAAAAAGAUGAUUUGGAGAUAGAAAGAGAGUUACAAGUCAUUAAUAAGCCCUCUCUCAAGAGUAUUCAAACAGAGUUUGGUUAUAUUGUCGAUUGUGUUGAUAUUUACAAACAACCAGCAUUUCAUCAUCCUUUGUUAAAAGAUCACAAGUUACAGAGAAAACCUAGUUUUGUAAACUCAUCUGAAAAGACAAGUACGAAGAAUUCAUCUAAUGAAAUCAUAUUUGGACUCCAAAAAGAAAAAUGUCCAAUAGGAACCGUUCCCAUUCGAAGAAUAACAAAAGAUGAUCUCGUCCAAGGAAAAUCGUCGUUCUAUAAUCAAAGCAUGACCCAAGAUUUUUUGGGUGCUCAUUUUGCUGAAGUAUAUCUCAAAUCAAAUCAUGGUCCUUAUUACAAAGUUACAGGAAGCAACAGCGUCUAUAAUCCAAAAGUGUCAAGAGAUCAAACAAGCAUGUCUCAUAUAUGGGUUCAAAAUGGACCAACAGAAAGCACUAACAAAAUCAGUUUUGGAUGGCACGUGGCUCCGAAAGUAUACGGUGGCAAUACUGGAACUGUUAUCUACUCUUCAUGGACGAGAGAUAAUCAUAAGAAGACAGGAUGCUACAAUCUGCAGUGUUCUGGUUUUGUUCAAAUUCAUGGAGAACAGUACCUUGGUGCAGUAGUGCCUCGUACGUCUGUCGGAGGAACAAUAAUUGAGUAUACAUUUUCUAUCAGUCAGGAUCCAAAAACGAAAAAUUGGUGGUUAAAUAUUGGGGGAAAAGAUGAUAAGAGGAUUAAUAUUGGAUAUUAUCCAGCAAAAUUAUUCUCGAACAUGGGGUCAGCUGAUCAGGUGGGAUGGGGUGGAAGAACAGUUACCCUUUCAGGAACUCGGAGUCCUGAAAUGGGAUCUGGAUAUUUUCCAGAUCCCAACAUUGGUCGUGCUUGUUACUUUAGGAUGGUCUCCUUUCAAAAUGAAAAAAGAACAGAUCUUGGACCUGAAAAAGAAAUGGUAAGCAAAUUUGUCGACAGGUCCCAAUGUUUCAAUGCGGAAUACUUUGGGCUUGGAAAAAACAAAAUACUUGGAUAUUAUCUAGAAUUUGGGGGACCUGGUGGCAACUGUGGCGAUUGA